ACGAAAAGCAAGAAAACAAAUAAACAAUUUGUGAAUUACAAAUUACAAAUUGGCGCGCAAUUGGCAAUUGCAUUGCAUGCGCUGCACCUUUUGUUGCGUUUUACAUAAAUUGCAUUUGAAUUUGAAUUUCAAUUUGAAUUAGAAUAAAAACAAUAAACUAAAGCAAUAAAUUUGUUGAGACAAUAAAUACGAGUCGUUAGCCGACUGACUGGGUGGCUGGCUGACUGCCUGACUGGCUGGCUGGCUGGCUGGCAUGCUGUGCUUAAGCCGAUUGCUGUGCACAACGUGGCGUAUGUGUAAUCUGUAAUUGUACACAUCCUGCGGAAACUCAACUUUUGUAACUUUUGUGACUGCGUAUGUGUGUGUGUGUGCGUGGCACGUGGCAACAUCAAUUGAAGAAUACACAAAUAAUUACGAGCUAUUAAUUAAUUGCCGAAAAAGAAAACAAAUGAAUAAAUAAAAUAGCAGCAGAAGGAAAAUUGAAAUGAAAAGCGUGCGUCGUGCGAGUGUUGAUGUUAUUAGGUCUUAAGAAACAAACAAAUUGAAAUUGAAAUUGAAUAUACAAGUCAAGUAGACAGUGGACAGCCGAAACAAAGUAAAUUGAAAAUGCGAUUCAUAUCGACAACAAAAAUAAUAACAACAGAAAGACCAACAACUACUAGACGACGACUUUACCACCUCCAUCUCCAUCUCCAGCUCCAACACCACGAGCACCUCAUCUUUCUCCCGUUGCUGCUCCUCGAGCCGGCAACAUGUCAAGCAUAAUUAAUUUUCGAUUCUGCCUGUGCUACCGCCAAUUUCAAUCCGUCUCCAGCUUCGCCUUCGCCUCCGUCUUCGUCUGCGUCUCCGUCUUCACCAUCGCCGUUGCCGUCGCCGCCUCGUCUACGUUCCUGCAAUUGUGCUGAAAGAGUCGCGAUCCGCCAGCUGAAAGUCGAUUCUACGGCAAUAUUUCAAGAGCAGCUAUUGCAGCAACAACAACCAAAACAAAUACAACUACUGAGAAUAUAACACAAAUUUUGGAUAGUAAUAAAAUUGAAUGCAAAUUUCUGUGAACUUGCGCCAACAAAUUGCGAAAAUGUGUUGCAAAUCUAGCAGCAUGUGGAAAUGCUCGACGUCUUCAAGUGGCCAGCAACAACAACAACAACACCAGCAACAAUUUGUUCCAGUGACGACAACACGUCGAACUCAAAGUCAUGGCCAUACGCAACCACACGAAUACAGAAACAACAACUACAUCCACAACAGACGGCAACAUUCUCUGGGCACAAUUUGCACAAUCGCCUUUUUUGUAUUGAUCGCUAUAAUCCAGAUGCAAUCAGUUACAGGACUUAGAGAAGGCCUUUCAGGUAACAUGCAAUCCUGCGCCAAUGAGGGUGAAGAGAUUCAAAUUAGAGACAUACCGAACUCCAAAUGCUUCAAGUGUACGUGCCAGAAUGGAUUUGUGAAAUGCGACAAGAGCUGUCCAUCGGUUGCUGAUUGCUAUUUAAUCGAGUCCAAGUCCAGUGACAACUGCUGUCGCCAGUGCAAAGGCUGCAUGCAUCGUGGUGUGAUGUAUGCAAGUGGCGCAGAAUGGAGCGAUCCGGAGGAUCCCUGCAAGACGUUCAAGUGCAUCGCCAGUGUUGUCACCGAGUCAACACAGAAAUGCUAUUCACAGUGCGACGAUAAUCAGCUGACACCGCCCCGACCCGGAGAAUGCUGUCCCACAUGUCAGGGUUGCAAGAUCAAUGGCCAGACUGUUGCCGAAGGCCAAGAGGUUGUCGCCUCGAUCGAUGAUCGCUGUUUGGUCUGCCAAUGCAGCGGCAACAAGCUGAGCUGCGCCAAAAAGACUUGCCCCAUCUUGCAAUGCCCCAAAUCGAAACAGAAACAGAAUCCCAGCGAGUGCUGCCCCCGCUGCUCUGAUUCACGCGAAUUUCGAACCGCCACAGGCAAGUGUAUAUUCAACGCCAAGUUGUACUAUGACAAGAUUGAGUUUAUGCCGGAUCGUUGCACCAACUGCACCUGCUCGAAUGGCACCUCCAUUUGCCAGCGUGCCACAUGCCCCAUUCUGGAGUGUGCCCCAGAGUUUCAGGAGGACGAUGGCUGCUGUCCCCGUUGCAUUGUCGCCGAGGUGCGCAGCGAGUGUUCCCUUGAGGGCAUUACCUAUAUGAACAACGACACCUGGAACAUGGGACCCUGUCGCAGUUGUCGCUGCAACGCUGGCAACAUUCGCUGCUCCGAGCUAAGCUGCCCCCCGAUCAAGUGUCGGGCCAACGAGGAGAUGAAGAUUCCACCUGGCGAGUGUUGUCCCAAGUGCCUGGAAACUGCCGGCACCUGCACCGUCUAUGGGGAUCCGCAUUUCAAGACAUUCGAUGGCAAAUUCUUUAGCUUCCAGGGCAGCUGCAAAUAUUUAUUGGCUGCUGAUUGUCAUGGCCACAACUUCUCCAUACGCCUGACCAACGAUGGACGCGGCACACGACGCUCCUCUUGGCCCAAAACGGUCACCCUAAAGCUACGAGGACUGCGCAUUAAUCUGGGCCAGAAGCUGCGAGUGAAAAUCAAUGGAACACGUGUCGCGUUGCCCUACACGAACUACAGCAGCAAUGGACAUGGACAUGGCCACAAUGUGAGCAUCGAGCGGUUGCUGGAGGGCGGCAUCAUGUUGCGGACGGAACUGGGAUUGACCAUUGAGUGGGAUGGCAACAAUUUCCUGCAGGUUUCGGUGCCAGCGCAGUACAAGCAUCAUUUGUGCGGAUUGUGUGGCAAUUAUAAUGGCAGCGGACGGGAUGAUCUCACGGGCAGGGAUGGCCGGUCACAUGAUGACAAUGAGGUGGGUCACUUUGCCAACUCAUGGAAGGUGGGUGGACCCAAGUCUUGCUCACGGACGAGGGAGAAUGUUGUGGCACAGCCGACAUGCAACAAGCAUAAGACGAACUUCUAUUGCCAGCCGCUGCACGAGUCGGAUGUAUUUGGUAACUGUGAUAAUAGACUUAAUCCCAUCAACUAUAUCGCCUCCUGCAGCAUGGAUGUCUGUGAGUGCCCCACGGGCACUUGCCACUGCGACAGCUUUGCCGCCUAUGCUCACGAGUGUCGGCGCCUUGGCGUCGAACUGCCCGACUGGCGAGUGGCCACCCAAUGUCCGCUAGGCAGCUGGCGUCGUAAUGCCACCCUGGAGACCUAUGCGGGCAAUAGCAAUUACGGGGAUCCGACCUAUGCCCGAUUCGCUAAAGGCGGAGGCAGUGCAUCCAAGGCGCGCAGACGCAAGCAGCAGCAGCAGCAGCGACGCCAGCAGAAUGCGCUGCAGGAGAACGAAUACAUCAAGAAGCAUGUGCCCAACAAGUUCUUAAGACCGCGUGCUCCGGAUCGUACGCCACCUCCAAUUCACUGAGCAUAAACAUAUUAAUUUAAUUCUAAAUUAUAAUUUAGUUACUACAGACACACACACACACACACACACACCACUCUCAUGCAGGCUAAUGCAUUGCAUACUUUUUAGCGCCAAUGGGAAUGAGCUGAUCAGUUGACUCUUCAGCGCAAGAUUAAUCUUAAAA